AUGGUAGUAAUUGACUGCAAGAUCUUCGAUUGCGAUUUUUUACCAAAGACAGUCCAGUAUAUCCACAACGGUUCCCCGUUGUUGCAAAAAGACACAGUCCGGCUGUUGGUGCAUAAAUUCACGGACACUUCCACCGUGACAGAGCCGGUGUUGCUCAAAAUCAAGGUCAACAACUCCUCCCACGAUAUCAUCACGACGCAGGGGUUACGUCCCUUGGUCGUGCCGGAGUACAACGGUCUGUCCAACACGAUAGACUCGACCGCCUUGAGGUUCAAGCACAGCUCCAGUCAAAACGUCUCCUGCGUGGUCGGCUUCUCGACCUUCUUCUCCCCCUGGCCGGUCGCCGGGCAGAUCGUCAUGGUCGAGAAGCGACAGGUCGUGGACUCUGUCAAAAAAGACUGCCGGGAGUUCCUCUUCAUGAACCUGCACUACGAGCACAUCCGGUCUCCCACCCCGGAUGUGGAUUACCUCCCCCUGAGCGUGGAAGUCUACGACCCGGCCGUCAGUGAUGAGGUGAUCUCCGAGCGGUUCUACCUGCCCAUCCACAUCAAGGGCGCCUUCCAGAACUCCCCGCCGCACGCCUCUUUCUUCAACAUGAACAUGAUGGACGUGGACCAGUUCGUGCUGACGCCCAUCACGCCCAGCAUCAUCUCGGCCGAGGACUACGAGACGAAGAAGAAGCACCUCAUCUUCAACAUCACCAAGCCGUUCGGCGAGGGCAAAGGGUACCUGGUGCACCUGGACAACCACGCCAAGCCGAUCCACUCCUUCCUGCAGGAUGACCUGGUCAACAACCGCAUCGCCUACAGGCCACCCAGCGUCAGCUACCCGGACCAGAGGGUCUACGACUCGGAGUUUGUUGUCUUUGACAGCCAUUUUGCCCAGAGCAUGCCGAUAACCCUGCACAUAGCGGUCAGGCCAGCGGACACCACCGCCCCCAGGGUCUCCAUCAACACCGGCCUCACCCUGCUGGAGGGGCAGAGCAGGGAGAUCAGCGCGGAGCAGUUCCAGGUCGUGGACAAAGACAACCUAAACAAGGUCCGGAUGUACGUCAAAGGGGGACUUAAUCACGGUACCAUUACCGUCAGGGGCAAGCACUCUGUUAUAUUCUCCAUGAAGGACAUCGAGGCCGGCCAUGUUAUUUAUAAACAUGAUGAUAGCGACUCCACGAGAGAUAGAAUCGAGCUCCGCAUCAGUGACGGCAGCAACACGGUUCUCUCCUCGUUUCCCAUCACCAUCAUCCCACGUGACGACACGCCGCCAUAUUUGGUGAACAACCUCGGCCUACAGCUCAACGAGGGCGGGAUCAGGAAGAUCAGUGAGGACAUGCUACUCGCACACGACUCGGAUUCGUUGGACAACAAUAUUGUGUACACGAUCGUCACGUCGCCAAAAGCAGGGGACAUCAUCAGAAAAAUCCGACCCUCCGACGCCGGCACGAAAAUCUUCGGCUUCCGUCAGCGUGACGUGGUCAAAGGUCAGAUCUACUACCGUCACAACGGCGAGGAGGUGUUCAAGGAUGCCUUCACCUUCACGGUCCAGGACCACCAGGACCCGCCCAACGAGUCAGAGGCCAUGGAGUUCCAGAUCACCAUCUCGCCCAUGAAUGAGAACCCUCCGCACAUAGACCCCAGCGCUAAACGAAUCAUGUACGUUGAAGAGACAAACAUUGGUUACAUCAAAUCAACUGAGCUGAAGUACACAGAUGUCGAGUCACCCAGCAAAGACCUUACCUACACCAUCACUACCCCGCCUUACUUCGUGUACAACCGAGGAGACAGAGACGCGGGAAAACUCAUUGCCACACACAACAUCUCAAAAGUAGAAAAAAACACAGACGCCCCAUCUGUUACACGUUUUACUCAAGAGGACAUAGACCAGCAGAAAAUAGCCUACAUUCCACCCAUGGCUGAUAUUGGGCCUGAAUCGAGGUUGGUGCGGCUUGCGUACACAGUGGAAGAUGGAAGUGGCAAUAAACUGUAUGGGCAAACAUUUGAUAUUGAGGUAAACCCAGUCAACAAUCAUGUUCCUGAGUUUGUCACCAACAAACUACUCGUUGAGCAAAGUGGCAUCCUAAGCAUCACCAUCAAUCAGCUGUCAGCUGCAGAUGUAGACACGCCCCUGCCUAUGUUGAAGUUCAUCCUGGAUUCUCCGCCCAAGUAUGGAACUCUUCAGAAUGACGGCAGAAUGUUGAGAACAGGGUCAUCUUUUCUUUUAGAAGAUAUACAGAAAAAACACAUUAGAUAUUUGCAUGAUGGAUCGGAUGCUCUUUUGGACACAUUUACUUUAGCCCUUACAGAUGGCAUGAACCAAGCUACUAAAGUUAUAACUAUUACUAUAGUGCCCAUUGAUGACAAGACACCAACACUUUCCAAGAAUUUGAGACCACAGCUGAUUGUUUCAGAAGGGGAGGAAACCUCUAUCACAACAAGAAUUGUUGCCGCUUCAGAUGGGAACACCAAUGAUGAAAGUCUGGUUUUUCUCAUUGUCAAACAGCCCAGAUAUGGUGUCCUUCAACUGAAAGGUCAGCCAGCAACCAAGUUCACCCAGGGUGAUGUCAAAAAUGGAUUCGUCAGCUUCCUCCACACAAGUGGUGAAAUAGGCACCUCAACAUUGAAAGAUUACGCAACAUUCAUCAUAUCCAACCAGAACUACCUAGCAUCUGCUGACAUGCCGUCGUAUGACCUGAACAUCACCAUCACACCGGUCAACAACCAAAAACCAGAGAUCACUCUCGGCAGCCCUGUGUUUGUGGCCGAAGGCGAAUCAUUCAGGUUCAGCCAGGAGGUUCUCACAGUGACAGACCCCGACUCCAAAACGAAGGAAAUUCAGUUCAUGAUCACCAAGCAGCCCCAGUGGGGCUACAUUGAGAACACAAAACCCAGCCCUGGUUCAGACAAGAAGAACGUUGGAAUCCGUAUCAACUCUUUCAGCUACGGGGAUAUUCUAGAUGGUUCUAUCAACUACGUCCAAGCUAAUCAUAAAGGUGUUGAGCCAGAUAAAGAUGAGUUUGAGUUCUACGCCAGUGACGGGAAGUUGAACUCUGACCAUAAAACAAUUAAGGUGACUAUUGUGCCGGCUAACGACGAAGUACCUGAUCUUAUGUUGAAUGAUUUCAAUGUGGUGGAGGGCGGGAACAUGAUCAUUGGUCCCUCAAUGCUGGACGCCAUUGAUUUAGAUGUGCCGAAGGAUCAGUUGAAGAUCACCAUCUCCCAACCCCCUGCUCAUGGUAAGAUUGUCGUGCUGGUCAACACGCGCCGUGGCAUUGUCGAGUCUGAUGUCCAGAGUAUCACCGUGGAUGAGAUCCAGAACGGUAAGCAGCUGAUGUACAAGCAUGACGGAUCCGAAGUCUUCACGGAUAAGUUUGCCGUCACUGUGUCAGACGGGAAACACGAAAUAAAAUCAGUUUGCAACAUCUCUAUCAAACUACACAACGACGAACGGCCUGAAAUUUUAAAGAACGCUGGACUUGAACUUGAAUACGGGGACUACGCCCUACUCACCAGCACUGUCCUGCAAGCCCAAGAUGAAGACAACGAUGACGAUGAGCUGGCUUUUGUUUUGGUCGAGGUACCAGAGAAAGGGUAUCUUCAGUACUGCCCUGACUCCAAAGCCCCAGCUAUGGAAAUGCAGUGCGAGGAUUUUGAGCUGGGUAGUAAUUUCACCCAGAGUGAUAUAGACAUGAACCGAGUGAGGUACAUCCACACAAACAGCAUGGGAGACACGGAGAAGGAUAACUUUGUCUUUGUCCUGACUGAUGGGACCCACAGGAAACACGAGGAGACAUUUGAGAUCAGAAUAAGAAAUGCUAAAAAGGCGAACAUCGCCGUGCUGAACAAGGGGAUGGUGGUCAGGGAAGGGGAGAGAGUGGCCAUCAGCACAUCAAAUCUCAGUGCAUCAGAUGAGAGCACCAAGGCGGAGAAUCUUGUCUUCGCAAUCAUCAGACCUCCUCGUCUAGGGCAAAUAGAGAACAUCAAGAGACAGUUUGUCCCCAUCAGCAGCUUCACACAGAUGGACAUCACAGCACAGCGAGUGGUCUACAACCACAUGGCCAAGAAUGACAUCACAGAGGACUCCUUCACCUUCACAGUGACCAAUGGCUUGAGUGAGACCAAGGACGGGGAGCUGAAGAUCAGCAUUCAGCCCAUGGACAAAGUGUUGCCUUCUCUCAACGCUAACAAUUUGCUGGAAGUGCUUCAGGGUACGGAGGGGCUUCUAACCCCACAUCAUCUGAAGGCAACAGACCCAGACACUGCUCCCCAUAAUGUGACCUUUAACAUUGCCAAGCAGCCCAUCUAUGGGCGCCUCUACAACAGGGGUGUGUUGGUGGCUACUGCCUUCACGCAGAAUGAUAUUGAUUUGGGAUUUAUAACCUAUGAAAGUGAUGGCACAAGGCCAGGUCUAGACAAUUUCCUUUUCACCCUGAGUGAUGGGCGCCAUGAAGGUUUCCUCAUCAACGGCAGCCUGCAGUCUCAGCCAGCAAUGAUGAGUAUUUUUGUCCAACCACUUGUGGAAGAUGCUCCUAGACUAGUGGUCAACAAAAGUCCAGAUCUGCUUCAGCAUCUUGGCAAACAGAAAUAUGGCUACAAGUUCACCAACAAAAUACUCAGAGCUGUGGAUUCAGACUCGGAUAGUGCCAGCCUGUAUUAUGUGAUGACCACCAAGCCUAAACACGGCCAUCUGGAAAACACUCAAGCCAAACGUUACGUCAGGAAUAAGUUCACACAGAAGGACAUCGAUGAUGGAAGCCUGGUCUACAUAGUGGACGACCAGGCUGAACACUAUUCAGAUUCUUUUGGCUUUAGAGUUGAGGACUCCCGCGCCAACACUUUAGACAACCAGCGCUUUGAAAUGAGCUGGUCCCGCACACAGUUUGACAAGGAGGAAGUUGUAGCCUGUGAGAAUGUCGGAGUCUUGACGGUCACUGUCACCAGGAUAGGAAAUCUGGCUCAGCUGGCUUUUGUUGACGUUGUUGUCAGGGAACAGUCGGCCAAAAAGGGAGUGGACUUUAGCCCCAGCUCCGCCAAACAAAUAAGAUUUGAGUCAGGUACUGCCCACGCCACAUGGCAGUUGAACAUCAAGGAUGAUGGGCUGUUUGAGCCCAACAAGAAGCUGAGGUUGACGCUGGUGGACCCUGUCAACACUCUCCUGGGCAGCAGGAAGAAACUCAGAAUACUGAUAAUCAAUGCUAUCAAUGGGGAAUGCCCCCAGUAUCUGGGUAUGGUGAGCAAACAUUCACUUGGAGAGGAACUAACACAGCAGAGUAAAGGAGGUUUGCUACUUCCUAACCCAGGUGGUCGGGAUCAGUUUCUACUGUUUAACAAUGGUCGAGGUAACUCCCUCCCCUCAAGUUUUGACAGCAACAUCUUGAACACAGAGGCUGAUAAAAAACUGUUUUCAAAAGAAACUUCCUCACCGUCCACACUACCCAAGAGCUCAUCGGCUCCCCUGAAUAAAAAACCCAAGAAGAAAGGCAAAAAGAAUAACAAUAAGAAAAAUAAAAAUAAAAAGAAGAAACCAAUGAAGAAGAAAAAACAAAAUACGUCAAAAAAUGAGAUUAAAAUUCUAGGGUCCAACUCAGUUUUAGAUGUUACAUCUCCCAGCUAUUUGGAUGGCAUCAAUACACAGUCAACUGCGGUGAACCAGGUCCAGAAGAAGUGUACCCCAGCCACCAAAAAUCUUCUGCAGUUUGAUGACUUCAAUUACCAGCUGCUCAAAUGUGAUGGCAAAGAGUGGCAGGCCUGGAGUCCCAGUGCGGGAAAUGAUGGGGUUGCUCAUGGCGUCUGUGACGCAGGCUGGUUUGAGUUUGAGGGGCGCUGCUAUAAACCAAUGAAUGAGAGACUGGCCUGGGAUGAGGCCGAGGACAAGUGUGUCAAAAUGUUUCAAGGCCACCUGACCACCAUACGAAACUUGAAGCACAUGAAGUGGCUUUCUGAGAGGAUGUCUGAGAAGCCGUUUUGGAUUGGAUUGAAUGACAAAUUCCAAAGUAACAGGUGGCAGUACACAAAUGGUGACCCGGUCACCAUGUACAACUGGCAGUACAACAAGCCGCACGUGCGGAGAAAAGGCCACAAGAAAAACUGUGUGGUCGUGAAGAAGAAAAACAAGUGGCGCAACAAAAAAUGUGAUAACUAUCAGGCCCGCUACGUUUGUGAGGCUUCGCUUCUACGACAGCAAGUUGAUGCAGCCAAACAAACAUCCAGUUCAAAGAGGGGCUCCGUGAGGAGACACACCAGGCACCAAAGGACAGUUCCGAGGUCUCCGGGUAUGGAUGAUGGAUUUUUUUAUCACGAUGACUCUUGAUCUACUACUAUAACUUAUAGCUAAAAAUAUAAAAGACUGAGAUGCAUAUCAACAAAUCAGAAAAACUGAUGAUGAUUGUGCCGCACAUCUAUCAUCAAGUUGACUAAAAACAUUUUGAGCUGCAGGAUUGGCAGAACUGACACUAGUGUUUGUUGAUAUUGUGCUUAAGGACAAUCUUAUAAUGGCAAAGACUUUCAUUUUUUUUUCAAUCAUUCACAAACUAUUGAGUCACAAUUGACAAUCGUGGUGUUGAGAAACAACGGAUGUUAAACUUCACUUUCAAGAUAAAGAAGAGUUACAGUGUGUGGAGGGAAAUCAGUUUUAAUUAUUUUUUAAGUUCUUUUUUUCUAAGUUGGAAAAGGUAUAACAGUAUUUUACUUAAACCAAAUUCAACUGAGAUUUGGUAAAAUCCUAUGAAAAGUUUCUCACUUUCAAAUGAAACAUGAUAUUUUUAUGUUUAUUCAAUAUUUAGUGUGUAGAUCUCCAUAAUUUGAGCUCACUUUGCUACAUUUAUUUCAAAUCUCCUAAAAAUAUAAUUAUAAAUUUUACAUAUUUUUAGUCCAAGAAAUAAAUGUCAAAAAAUUAUUUUAAUAUGGAUUAUGUUUAUAUUUAAUUUUCAUAACUAUAAUAACAUAAUAAUGACAUAAUUACAGAUAAAUAAACUCCUAUCUUGAAGUCAUAGUUUUGAGUAUGUUAUUGUUUACAGGUACUUAUUGUUUGAUAUAUGUGAUAGCCACAUGUAUUGUUAUACUAAAUGGUAUGUUACGUAAUUUUGUUGUAACCUACACUAUUAAUUGUGCAACAUACAAAAGUAAUGUAAUGUAUUCAUAACUGUGUUGUGUGUAAGCAUCUAUGCAUGUACACACUCACAUUGUUGAAUAAAUGAACCAACUGCAAUAAGAAUGGAUUUUAAUAUAUAUUUUUUUCUGCAUAGUAUUCAACUUAACUCAAUAAAGUAUGCUUCUGAAACAUCUUACAAUCAAAUAUUAGUGUGCUUUAGUAUUCCUAUCAAUAAAUAAAUAAGUAAAUUUGUAAGUAGUUGAAGUUAUAUAAAGUAGUAUUUUGCAUUUUGGUUCAUUUAUAUAAGAUCACAUAAUAAUUAGUAUUUUAACUUCACAUUUGAAAGAGUAAAGCAAUGUAAUUAAAUCGUUGGUACGAUUUAGUUUGGUAUGUUAAAGCAAUAAUAUUCACCCUAAUAUGGUAAGCAUAAUGUAUGAUUCUGUAUAUAGUUCAUGUUAAAUUACUAUUUAGCUAAUUAAUUACAGACCACUGAGCAUCAGCCAUGACAAAGUGGCCGAAUGAGUUGUGAUGAUUUUUCUCCCUUGCUUUUUUAAUGCUACUGUUGUCUCCCUUAGCGCUAACUUAUAUGUUUUAAAUAUUUCUGCUAAUUUAAAGAAUUUUAGCACACAGAUUCUGAACUCAAAGUAAAUGUUAGUGUCAGCUACAUGGGUGAACAUUGAAAACUCUGGGUUUUUUUUUUAUUUCACCAUUUUGAAAGUUUAAAAUUUAUGAAUUAUUAUAAUUAGAAAUAUAUUAUGUAUGGAUGUACUCUUUUAUUUUUGAGGAGAAAAUUUUCCUUUAUAACUUAGUUAUGGUUUAUAGUCUAGAUAUAUUUAUUACUUGCUCCGCUUUUAUAGACGUUUCUUAUCAUUUAAAAAAAAAAGCAAUUUUUAGCAACUAAUUUUAUAGAGCUAUUCAUAUUUACUUUUCUUAUUGACUUAUUGUAAAUUUUUAGCGUUUAAAUUGUUUUCAAAGAAGCAAUUUCUUAAAUAAGCAAUUGUUAGCACUAACAUGGUUAUUGUGCAAAUAGUUUUCAGCCACCACAUUCAAGCAAUGUUUUUCAGAAAGUGCUUAUUUGUAUUCAAGCAAUUUCAAGCUGUUGCAUGGUUUGUCUUGAGGCAGUUUUUUUGUAAACCACUGGGAUGUAGUUCUAGCAGUCUACAACUAUAUGUAUGUAUUAGUACUGAAACCAAUAUUUAGAAAUGUAUUUAAUCAAGCAUUAUUUAUAAAUAAAUUUCCCCACAGAAGUGUUGUAGAUUCAGAGACACUUCAAGUUUGUAUGAUGAACCAAUAUGUUAGAUGUGUAUCUAUUCACAAACUGAUGACUGAAAUAGUUUUUUUUUUUUUAAUGUCUGUGUGUUAUAAUGAUAUGUACAUACUUUCACAAUGUUGUACAAUUUUAAACUGCUGUAGAUUAUCUGUCAACUGUAGAUACUAUUUUAUACCACAUUGUAUUGCACAAAAAUGUCUACACCAUAUUACAUUUCCUAGUAGUCUAGAAAUGUCAACUUCAGGCUGUGGACAUUGCCCUCCCUUUCUCUACCCCCCCCCCCCCACCCCUUUUUGUCUCUGAGUGAAGGUUGUCCCCCUUUUGUCUUUGAGUGUAGGUUGUUUCCCUUGUCUAUGAGAGAGCUCUUGCCCUGAUGUAGUCACAGUGAAAUGGCAUUUGUUUUGUUUAGCGAGCAAUACAGUGGCUCGCUUGCCUCGUGUAGUCUUCACAUGCUUUGUUAUUAAUUUUUAUUACAUCUAUUUUAAUUUGUGAAUCAAUAUUUGAUGUGCCAUUGUGUUUUGUUUUUUUUUCAAUCCACUGUAAAAGUACUGUAUAUCAGAGCUUUGCAGCUCAAAGUAAAGUGUAGAAGCAUAUUUUUAUAUACAUGAAUUUUCUACUAUUUCAAAUUACAGUCAAUAUUCAUGAAUUUACUUUGCUUCACUGUGUAUUAAAAAAAAACUUCUUAUAAUAUUAAAUAGUAUUUUAGCUUCUUUAUGUAAGAAGAUUAAAAUAUUAUACUUAUUGUAUUUUACUUUUAUUUUAAUACUAAGGCACCAUUGAGCAUAGAUAAUUUGUGAGAUGAAUGUGGUUUAACAUAUUUUGGUGCUAAAUUUUUUUU